AGGGUAAAGGGCGCUGCAGGGAGGGACUGUCCCAAGGCAAGCGGCUGUGCAGAGGAGCGGCUGCAGGGACCCAUCCCCAGACCAGGAGGGCCAGCUGCAGCCGGGACCCCCAGCCAUGUCAGACCCAGCCCCCAGCUACCCCCCACCCCGCCUGGACUACACGAAGGCGCUGGCAGAGGGCGUAGGGGUCUUCCGGCGGUUCCCGCUGGUGCCCGUGGCGGGGAUCCCACUGAUGGAGCCCAUCGCCCAGCAGUGGGGGCCCAUCGCCACCUUCCGCGCCCGCCCCGACGACCUCCUCAUCGCCACCUACCCCAAGUCCGGAACGACGUGGAUGCAGGAGAUCGUGGACCUGGUGCUGUGCGGGGCGGAUGAGGCCUGGGCCCAGCGCGCCCCCACCCACGUGCGCAGCCCCUUCCUCGAGAUCUGCUCUCCCCCGCCCAUCCCCUCCGGGGUGCAGCAGCUGGAGCAGACGCCCCCGCCCCGCGUGAUCAAGACCCACUUGCCCGUCCAGCUGGUGCCCGAGUCCUUCUGGGACAACGACUGCAAGGUCAUCUACGUGGCCCGUAACCCGAAGGACACCGUCGUCUCGUACUACUUCUUCGACCAGAUGAACAAGACGCAGCCCGAGCCGGGGCCCUGGCCCGCCUACCUCCAGCGGUUCAUGCGCGGAGAACUGGCCUGGGGGUCGUGGUACGACCACGUCUGCGGGUACUGGGCGGCGCGGGAGCAGCGCCGGAUCCUCUACGUCUUCUACGAGGACAUGAAGGAGGACCCCGGGCGGGAGGUGCAGAAGGUGGCGUCGUUCCUGGGGGCGGCGCUGUCGUCCGAGGUGCUGGCCCGCGUGAUCCAGCUGUCCUCCUUCGCGGCCAUGCGGGACAACCCCAUGGCCAACUACAGCAGCGUGCCCCACACCCUGCUCGACCCGGCCAUCAGCCCCUUCCUGCGCCGCGGAGAGGUCGGCGACUGGAAGAAUCACUUCACGGUGGCGCAGAACGAGGCCUUUGACGCCCACUACCAAAACCGCAUGGCCGGGCCCGGCGUUCCCCACUUCCGCAGCCAGGUCUGAGCCCCUGGGACCCUGCCCCCAAUAAACACCUCUGCCGACA